AUCAAAGUGUCCUGAGGAAAAUUUCUUGUGGUUUGCAUUGGACAACAUCUGCGUUUUUCAGUUUUCACUCGGAAACAUAGAAAAUGCUGCCAGUACGUUCGGUUGCCAACCUGGCCGUCCGCAAUGCGGCGUUCCUGUCUCGCGGAUAUCAUGGACCCAACAACUUCCGCGUGUACACAAUGAACGAUAUGCCCGUCCCUGAGGGUGACUUCUUCGAAGAGCACCGACGCAAGAACCGAGUGUACAACACCGUGCUUGCUGCCGGCAUUGUGAUUUUUGGCAUCACUCUGACUGUGGCCAAAGAGAGCGGAUUGAUCUACCUUAACUACAACCCGCCGAAGAGCCUAGAUUAAACGAGCGACAGGAAGAAGUCGUCACACAGUGGAUGUAUUAGAUGUUCUGUGAAAAUAAAUCAAUCUAAAUGAAAUAACCACA